AUGACCUCCUCCUUCGUGCCUCGCGCCGUCUUUCCGACUCUCGAUUCGCUUCCACGAUCCUACUAUCUGGGCCAUCAUGCGGCAGGACUCGCAAAGAUGAAAACGAUGCUCGGCCAGAUAGACCUCGUCGUCGAGUGUCGCGACUACCGCAUACCAUUGACCUCAAGAAACCCGAUGUUUGAAAACAGUCUGGGCGGGAGGGAACGCAUGAUCAUCUACACGAAAAAGGAUUUGGGAAGCAAAGGAGCUGGCAUGGAAGACACAAAGAGGCACAAUUUGAUACAACAAUGGCACUCUCCAUCUCAAGUCAUUUUCUCGGAUCAUAAGAAUCAAAAGGACGUACGGUACAUUCUUGACGCGAUCAAAGAGCGCAGUCGUCUCCGCGGAGGUCUGACAGGAGCACACAUGAUGGUGGUGGGCAUGCCGAAUGUGGGCAAGUCUUCCUUGCUCAAUGCUCUCCGCAAGGAGGGUGUAGGAAAGGGAAAAGCAGCGUAUACUGGAGCGCAACCUGGCAUCACUCGCAAGAUUGGUACAGGAGUGAAGAUUGUGGACGGUGACAACGAUGGUGGCGCGGGAGGAGUAUAUCUACUGGACACACCGGGAGUCUUCAUGCCGUACGUUCCCGAUGCCGAUGCGAUGUUGAAGCUCGCCCUGUGUGGAAGUGUGAAGGAUACCGUGAUCCCAGCCUUCAAUUUAGCAGACUAUCUGCUCUUCCACGUCAACCUCGUGGAUCCAAAGGUCUACUCUGAAUAUACGGCACCUACGAACGAUGCCAUGGUACUGUUGGAUGCGAUGGCUAGGAAAACCGGGAGGUUGCAGAAGGGCGGGGUGCCGGAUUUGGAGAGCACGGCGUUGUGGAUGAUACAGCGGUGGCGGACUGGGCAUUUUGGGGCCUUCCUGUUGGACGAGGUGUCGGAGGAGUCGUUGCAGAGGUAUAGCAUGGGCUCAUCGGGGCUACCGAGUUUGAAUCAGGCAAGGAAGGCAGGCAAAGAGGCGUCGAGGGCUAGGCAGAAGGCGAGACGCGCGGGUAAUGCAGAGUGA